CCCUCAUCAACCCUUGGCGACCGCACCUUUUUGGACGCCAUGGCUGACGACGCUGCCGGAGGGGAGGCCCCCAAGAAGCGUACGUUCAAGAAGUUUACCUUCCGGGGGGUGGACCUGGAUGCUCUGCUGGACAUGAGCACAGACGAGCUGGUGGAGCUUUUCCACGCCAGGGCGCGCAGACGAUUCCAGAGGGGUCUGAAGAGGAAGCCGCUCGCUCUCAUCAAGAAGCUGCGGAAGGCCAAGAAGGAGGCGGAACCCGGGGAGAAGCCGGAGCCGGUGAGGACGCACCUGAGGAACAUGAUCAUCGUCCCCGAGAUGAUUGGCAGCAUCAUUGGAGUGUACAACGGCAAGACCUUCAACCAGGUGGAAAUCAAGCCCGAGAUGAUUGGCCACUACCUUGGCGAGUUCUCCAUCUCAUACAAGCCUGUGAAGCACGGGCGGCCCGGUAUUGGUGCCACUCACUCCUCCCGUUUCAUUCCUCUAAAGUAGGCCCUUCAAAGGAUAGGCCAGAUGUGGAGGACUUUGCAACUGGUGGCAGUCAGCAUUCAGAACCAGCCAUGAUUCUUGCGUGCCUCUCUUUCCCCCGAAUUACUUACAUCUUCCGGAAUCGACAAUACUGGAUGCCGUGAAGUUGACGGUCUGGACCCGGGAUUGAUCUGUUUAAGGUUGCCGUUAUGCAUGGUUUUUGC